AUGGACGAUGACAAUGUAUUGAACACAUUAAUUGAAUUUCAUAAAAAUAAUCAAUGGAAAAAUAUAUUAAAUUAUAAAAAAAAUUGUCCAGUAAUAAAUUUUGACUGGGCAAAACUAUUAUGGGCUUGGCCUGAUGAAACAAGUCUGUAUUUUAUUAAACGUAACUGUCGAAAAUUUAAAUUAAAAUGUGUUACAAGCAUAGGAUGCGGAAGCGGACUUUUCGAGUAUUUAUUACAACAAUGCACAGGUUUAACCGUGAAAGGAAUUGAAAUUGAUCAAAAGUGGUGGGAAAGUCUAUAUUCCCCAUACCAAUUUUUAAAUUUAAGCUUCACAGAUAUUGAUGUAAUUCCAAAAAUUUCCCAUGAAACAGCAUUAAUGUUUUGUUAUUUUAAUGAUAAAAGCAGUUUCCAAGAAUAUGUUAAAAAUUAUUCAGGAAAUUUAGUGAUAAUUAUUGGGCCUGGAAAAGAUGGAGAUACAGUAACAAAUCCAACACCAUUUUCACCUGAUUUUGGUGAAACAAACACCUCUUGGACAUUAAUUGAUUCUCAGCAAAUUUCUGAAUCAAAAGAUUUUAUUGCAAUUUAUAAUCGAAACUCGUGAUUUUAAUGAGAUAAUAACAUCGGGAAAAGUUUAUUAAAAUCUUCAAUGAUAAGUUAGAUUGAUUUAAGCAUCGAAAAAUAUUUCUAUUGUGGACGGUUUUGGGUGUUCAAUUUUAUGUGUUCAAUAAAAUUGAACCAAACGGAACGGAAUAUAAAACAUAACAAUUUUAUCUCAGAAACUUCGCUAAAAGUA